AUGCUGCGUGCGUCGCGGCUGGCAAAGGUCCUGACUGUUGCAUGCUGCACAUUGUGUGGAGGCAGGGUCAAUGUGUACGUGACAGCUGAUGAUCUCACCCUGGCCACAGAUGCCCAGACGAAAGCCGCCCAGGCGUGCCUCAAAGGCAGCAGCAUGACGAUAGAGGACCGUGCAGACGUGCGGGCGCAGUUGGAGGAGGCCGCUGCUGGCAACGUCCUGCUCGAAAUCAUGCGGGAGUCCAAGAGCCAAAGCGAGAUGACGGACUUGUUGGUGAGCAAGUUGCCGCCAGCAGUGGCCAGAACGGCAGUGCCCUUAGUGAUGUUUUUCGUUACUUUAGCCACCUAUAUGCUGAUCUGCUGCUGGACAGCGCUGCCCUGCUGCAAGUGCUGCCGCUGUUUCCAGAGGCAACGGAAGAUCGCCUUUGGUCUGAAAUUGGUCGUCUUGUUGUUGAGAUUGGCGGCAUGGUUAUGGCUCUUGUCAUCGUCAGCAGCCUUUCCACCCGCGGCUAUGACAAGGCCGUAG